AUGAACAACAACGGAAGUAAUCAAAACACACAUACGGUGUCAAAUCUAUCUGCUGGCCUCAAGUCGGUUUCACUUAGUGACCAGCAACAAAUACAAGACAGCUCAUCUUCACUGGAACACCAACACCAACAACAACUACAAUCAAGAAUAAGUCAAUUCUUUCAAAAUCAGCCACAGGAAGGAUACACGUUGUUUUCACACCGGUCUGCGCCAAACGGAUUCAAAGUAGCCAUCAUCUUGUCAGAGUUGAACUUGCCAUUCAACACCAUAUUCCUAGACUUUAACAAUGGUGAACAACGUGCACCUGAAUUUGUAACGAUAAACCCCAACGCUAGAGUCCCCGCUUUGAUAGACCACUACAAUGAAAACGUAUCCAUUUGGGAAUCGGGUGCGAUAAUACUAUACCUUGUGUCAAAGUACAUGAAGGAGAAUAAUGAAUGCAGUUUAUGGAGUGACAAUCUAGUCGAACAGAGUCAGAUAAAUUCAUGGCUCUUCUUUCAAACAAGUGGGCAUGCGCCUAUGAUUGGACAAGCUUUACAUUUUAGGUAUUUCCAUUCUAGCCCCGUGCCUAGUGCAGUAGAGCGGUACACCGAUGAAGUCAGGCGAGUUUAUGGUGUUGUGGAAAUGGCGUUGGCCGAAAGACGAGAGGCGUUGAUUAUGGAUUUGGAUGUGGAGAAUGCCGCUGCGUAUAGCGCUGGUACUACCCCAUUGUCCCAAUCGAGGUAUUUUGACUAUCCUGUUUGGCUAGUCGGCGAUAGAGCCACUGUGGCUGAUUUGUCAUUUGUGCCAUGGAAUAAUGUGGUUGAUAGAAUCGGAAUAAAUCUUAAAGUGGAGUUUCCUGAGGUGUACAAGUGGACAAAGUAUAUGAUGAGAAGACCAGCUGUGCUUUAUCAUAAAGGGACUAAACUUCAUACUACGCCCAUUGACAUGAGUCUCGAUGUACCUCACAUUGCUGUACUUGUCUUAGAUACACCAAUUCCUGGGCUUGCUGAAAAAUACGGGGACUUUGGAGACAACACUAUCGACUUGCUAAAAACCACCGGUGCAUCCAAAUCAACAGCAUUUGUUAAAUACCAAUUGAAUACCGAGGACUUGGCUGAGCUCGAUCGCGUCUAUGAAAAGUUACUUUCAGCAGUUCACAACCAUUUGGUGCAAGGCUUUGUGUUGACUGGUUCUCGCAGUGACGCUUUCGAUACAGCAACAUGGUUGAUCAAAUUUAAAUCUUUUCUUAAGAACACCAUUCUCAAGGUCGGCAAACCAGUCGUGGGUAUCUGUUUUGGACAUCAGGUCAUUGCAUUAGUGUUGGGAUCCAAAGUGGAACGAAGCAACGAAGGGUGGGAAAUUGGCACCACUACAAUCUCUAUAAACGAUGAAAUAUACAAGUUGGAGAAUUCCCCAUUCAACGAGCUCAGUCAACGGGAGAACGUAAAGGAGGAUGGCCAAGACUACAAUGCUGCUGUUUUAUUCGAUAGAUUAAACUUGGUUGAAUCUCAUCAAGAUGUCGUCCUCGGUGGACUUCCUGAAGGUUUCAUAAACUUUGGAUCAACCAGUUCGGCAUCGAUUCAAGGAAUGGUUAGUGUUGAUAAAGGCAACGGUCACAAGCGGAACUGCAAAGUAAUCACUUUCCAAGGUCAUCCGGAGUUCACCACUGAGAUAGCUUUGGAUUUGCUAAAGAAUAUAUACGAUGCAGGAUUAGUGAGUGAAAAGGAGUACGAAAAGGCAAAGUACCACACAUCGAGCUUGAACAAUCAGGGAAACUUGAUUGGGAAAGUCAUCAACAAGUUUCUUGCAGUUGAGACGUAA